CCCUAACCUUUACAAAUCAUGGCAAAUAGGAUUGUAUACUCAUGUAAUUCUUCUGACAUGGACGUAUCUGAUACGGACGAUGGUCUUCGAGAAGAAUCGUUACCGUCAAUCGCCCAAGUUGUUGCUGCGACUUCAAACAUGGAUAUCUCUGAUUCCGAUUCAGACGCCAGUUUUCACACCGCCGAUAAUUCGCCCAGACAACAUUUCGAUGAAUUGGAGCCAGGCCAAAUUUCAGACGCGUCUCCCAUCACGUACCCCGAUCCGUUGGAGACAGAAUGUCAGGUCCUGGAAACUCAGUUGCAAGAAAACAACAACCGUAUAGCUUCCAUAGAUCGAAAGUUAAAGACGAUUAAGGAAAGGGAAGAACAAAUAAAAAUUAGGCUAUUGGAAAACCAGGUUCGAAAUUCGAUUGCCCGUAACCGUAGGCCCGUUCGUCGGGUGAAUGUUACACCUGUAACCACUCCCCAUUCUCAUCCCACUACUGUUGAAGAAACUCAAACUGACAGAUCAAGUACAACCCCAUCAACAAGACCUGACGUGAUCCCAUCUACCAACCAACGUGUGGAUGUAGAAUCACAUUCUAUGCCGCAGCAAAUCAUGGUGUCACAAAACUGCGAGUCACAUCGAUCCACUGCCCAUCACCUACCCACCAUCUCACAGCCAUCCAUCCAACAUCUGGGUACCACGGCACAUUUAUCGAAACCAGUAAAGGUUGGAAAUUCCAAAACAAAAAGAAGGAAGAGACAGCGACGAAGAAUUCGACUUAGAGAAACUAGUGGUUCCGACACAAGUACAACUGACCAGCCAUCCUUAUCCCGCAUUAAAAGAUCCAAACCAUCAGUAAAGGACAUUAUCAAGAUCAGCGAAGGCUGUUCUGGAAACCAAAGGUUAAUGCAAGCAGUAAUUGAUGUCCCUCUUUCCGCACGUUAUGUUUAUGAGAUGGAAAAGGCAAACGCAAGCGAUAAUGACGAUGACGAUGACGAUGACGAUGAUGAUGAUGAUGAUGUCGACAGUGAGGAUGAUGAACCCGUUGAACCUACCGUUGGUAACAAGGGUAAAGGAAAGGGAAAGGGAAAGGAAAAGGCUGAUCCCAAGUAUGUUAUUUCGGAUGAGGAAUUGGCGCUGAUUGCUACAGAUAUACCACCUUACCCACCGAAAUCCUACCUGAUACCACGUGAAGAACUCAGGUUAAUUGUCAAGUCCGUCAGGUCUCACUUGACGUUCAAUGCACCAUCGCUAAAAAUCAUGCGAAUAAAUCUGUUAAAUCUUCAAGAAACUGCCAUCAAGCAGGAUCACCAGUUAAGCUGUCAUCAAGAGGAAUUGGCUAAAGCUUUGAUUCGCAAGAUAUUAAGGAUCAUCGAGGAUUAUAUGAUUUUACCAGAAGAGGUCUAUCGUCGUCCUUCGCGUUUACAUCCUUACUUUGGUGACGCUCCUGCUCGCUUACCCGAAUAUUACUAUGGUAAUUUGGGCACUGCAAUGUACGCCGGUCCCGAUGUCUCCCAUUACGAAUUAUACAAGGCUGUCCAAUAUUUUCGAAGGAUUGUAAGCAAGGCUUGUUUGCGUAAAAUCGAUCAGUUCUUGUUAAAAACAGGUCGAAUGCCGCAACAACGUAUCCUUCGCACUUGCGAUCCAGCAAACCCAGACCGAGCAAGCAAUAUCCCAAUCGACUUGCAUAUGAGGAACAAUAAGGAAAUCCAGGAAAAAUAUCGUCAAUUAGACUUGGAAACAGAUGCUCGGGACGUUACACGAAAGCCGAAGGAGACAAAGAGGCAAAAGAAGAAAAGAUUAUUGGCAGAAGAACAGGAGGCAAAGAAACGAAAGGCUCGUCUUGGAAGAGCAAAAAAAGCUGGACAAAAGAUGCAAUUGGUAGACGAGGUCAAAAUCGAACAAGGUGAAUCAAGUCAAUGCGCUGCUACUGCUACUGCUGGUAACACUGCUUUAAAUGACCCUGAUGAGUUUGACAUCAAUCAACUUUAUGACUUUUAUGCAAAUAAAGUCAAGCAGGAACCUGUCGAUCCUCAAGACAUUGAAAGAUUGCUCUACAAUCCACCAAUCCUCACAUCACCACCACCAGCAGUAGCAGCACCAGCACCAGCAGUACCAGCAGUACCAGCAGCACCAGCGCCAGCAGCACCAGCAACACCUGCCACCGCAGCAUCAAUAGCACCACCUGCACCACCUGCAGACAUUUCUCUACAAAUGUACGAUGUGUCACCCAAAGUCACCGAAGUACCUGCCUCCACUCCAACUAUCACACAAUCAAAUCCACAGCCAUCAUCAACGCACUUUCAUCCGUACAAAUCUGCCCUGAGUUCUCUUGGUCUUACUGAUACACCAAAAUUAAACAAUCAACCAAAGAUUAGUACUUUAUGUAGUGCUGAAUCCAGUGGUGGGGUUUGCAAUGUCGUGGGUUGUCGAUAUACCCACUUUUCUGAUUACACGUAAACAAUUUCCAUUAGUUUUGUUUACAAAUAAAGUAGUUUUUUUUUAUAUAUGUA